GGAAAAGAUUUUAAGUUAAAAAAAUGGUGUUGGAUAAAAGUGAAUUAAAUCAAUAUCAAUAUCAGCUAGAUAGUGUUAAUUUAGCACUUUCACAGGAUCCAGAUAAUCAAGAACUUAAGGAUUUAAAAGUGGAAUUGACGGAUUUGAUUGCACUUACGAAAAGAUAUUUUGAAGAUCAAGUUAAAGAAACAACGACAAAUACAAAGAAUUUUAGUCAGGUACGAUAUGAAUAUACAGAGACAUAUAAAACAGGUGAGACAGUAAUGGCUAGAUGGGUUUCUGGAGACAAUGCGUUUUAUCCAGCAAAAAUUACAUCGGUGACAGGAUCAUCUACAAAUACAGUUUAUACGGUUAAAUUUCUUGAAUAUAAUACAAUUGAAACUUUACAGGCUUAUCAUGUUAAGCCUAUUUCUGAAGGGAAGAAGAGGGCUAUUGAAAUUGAACAAGAAAAGCCGCCGCCUCCUCCAUCAGUAGCAAAUGCACCUCCGUUACCACCUAAAAAACAGAAAGCUAUUAAAGCUAAAGAUGAAUUAAUUGCUGGUCAGCGUGUUUGGCAAUCUUUUUCACAAAAAGGUGUUAAACGGGGAAGAACAGGAAAGGUUGAGCGUAUUGGAGAAAAAAGUAUUUUUCGUAGCCCGGAAGAAUUUGGUGGUAAAGUAGGGGUUAUUGGAAGCGGUAAAGGCAUGACUAAAGAGAGUUGGAAACGAUCUCGGUAUCACUUUGAACAAAUAGUAGAGGAUGAUUGA